AUGAUUGUAGGAAUCUACCCUUGCAAAAACCAUAACUCAAUACCAGUACUUGAAACAGAAAGCUUUCAUGAAGAUGGUGAGAAAAGAAGCAAGAAGCUUACAAAAAGAGGAAACAACAAGAAUGGAAGAAGAUACCUUGGGGUGAGACAAAGACCGUCAGGUAGAUGGGUAGCUGAGAUCAAGGACUCUUUGCGGAAGCUGAGGCUAUGGCUAGGGACUUUUGAUGGAGCAGAAGAUGCUGCCUUGGCUUAUGAUAGCGCAGCCAGGCUUUUGCGAGGAACGAAUGCAAAGACUAACUUUCAGUAUCAUGGGGUAACGAAUACCUAUGAAGAAAACUGCAAUCUACUUGGAAAGAAUCCGAGGCUUUAUAAACUUCUUCAGCUUAUAAUUAUGAAGAACCAUGCAAGAUCAACAUCUCUCAAACCCAUUAAUGGAGUUCCUUGGAUAAAUCAAAAUACAGGAAAUGAAGUCGAUCCUAUCUAUUUUGAUACACUUGUUGAAGAAACUAUAUUUUGUACUUCAACUUCAGAUCAUGAUGAGGGUAGUAAUAACAAGCAUUGCCAGCUCUCACUCGGCAGUUCUAAGGUUUAUUCUUCUGUUGUUGUAGCUCCUUCCUUUUGUACUUCUUUAGAUCAAGGAGGAGCAGAGGAAAAAAAUUGUGAAGAUGCCUAAAAACUUGAAUCUCAAGGGUUUCUUUUUUGUUUUCCCUUCAUCCAAAUCAGUUGAAGAUUGCCUUGUUUGAAAGAAGAUUGUCAUGUUGUAAUAGGGGUGAAGCGGAUAGGAUUGAAUCAAACGAUUCAAUUAUUUUAGGUAAUGCAUAAUAUUUUAAAAUUUUAAAAUUUAAUCAGAAUCUAAAUCCAUUUUUUUUUUUUAAACCGAAUUCAUGUUGAACUAAAUUUACUAGUUUGAUUGAUUCAUUUGAUUCAUGGAUUUUUGACAAUUAAUAUUACACAACCCUUAUCAUAU